AGGGGGAAACUCGGCAGGUAUCCUCCUUGGCCAGGAAAGAUUGUUAAUCCACCCAAGGACUUGAAGAAACCACGUGGAAAGAAAUGCUUCUUUGUGAAGUUUUUUGGAACAGAAGAUCAUGCCUGGAUCAAGGUGGAACAGCUGAAGCCAUACCACGCACAUAAGGAGGAGAUGAUCAAGAUUAACAAGGGUAAGCGGUUCCAGCAAGCAGUGGACGCUGUGGAAGAGUUCCUGAGGCGAGCCAAAGGCAAAGACCAGACCUCGUCCCACAGUUCUGCUGAUGACAAGAGUCGGCGUAAUUCCAGUGAGGAGAGAAGUAGGCCCAACUCAGGCGAUGAGAAGCGCAAGCUCAGCCUGUCUGAAGGGAAGGUGAAGAAGAGCGUGGGAGAAGGGAAGAAGAGGGUGUCUUCAGGCUCUUCAGAGAGAGGCUCCAAGUCCCCUCUCAAAAGAGCCCAAGAGCAAAGUCCCCGCAAGCGGGGUCGGCCCCCAAAGGAUGAGAAGGACCUCACCAUCCCUGAGUCCAGCACCGUGAAGGGGCUGAUGGCUGGCCCCAUGGCCACUUUCAAAUGGCAGCCGACUGUGAGCGAGCCUGUUAAAGAUGCAGACCCUCACUUCCAUCACUUCCUGCUCAGCCAGACGGAGAAGCCAGCUGUCUGUUACCAGGCCAUCACCAAGAAGUUGAAGAUAUGUGAAGAGGAGACCGGGUCCACCUCCAUCCAGGCCGCAGACAGCACAGCCGUGAAUGGCAGCAUCACACCCACAGACAAAAAGAUAGGAUUUUUGGGCCUUGGUCUCAUGGGAAGUGGUAUCGUCUCCAAUUUGCUGAAAAUGGGUCACACAGUGACGGUCUGGAACCGGACUGCAGAGAAAUGUGAUUUGUUCAUCCAGGAGGGGGCCCGCCUAGGAAGAACCCCCGCUGAAGUCGUUUCAACUUGUGACAUCACCUUUGCCUGCGUGUCAGAUCCAAAGGCAGCCAAGGACCUGGUGCUGGGCCCCAGUGGUGUGCUGCAGGGGAUCCGCCCCGGGAAGUGCUACGUGGACAUGUCGACAGUGGACGCCGACACAGUCACCGAGCUGGCCCAGGUGAUCGUGUCCCGGGGGGGCCGCUUUCUGGAAGCCCCAGUCUCCGGGAACCAGCAGUUGUCGAAUGAUGGGAUGCUGGUCAUCUUAGCGGCCGGAGACAGGGGCUUGUAUGAGGACUGCAGCAGCUGCUUCCAGGCAAUGGGGAAGACCUCCUUCUUUCUAGGUGAGGUCGGCAAUGCCGCCAAGAUGAUGCUGAUCGUGAACAUGGUGCAGGGGAGCUUCAUGGCCACCAUCGCCGAGGGGCUGACUCUGGCCCAGGUGACAGGCCAAUCCCAGCAGACACUCUUGGACAUCCUCAAUCAGGGACAGUUGGCCAGCAUCUUCCUGGACCAGAAGUGCCAAAAUAUCCUGCAAGGAAACUUUAAGCCCGAUUUCUACUUGAAGUACAUCCAGAAGGAUCUCCGCUUAGCCAUCGCGCUGGGCGAUGCUGUCAACCACCCCACUCCUAUGGCAGCUGCAGCCAACGAGGUGUACAAAAGAGCCAAGGCACUGGACCAGUCUGACAACGACAUGUCCGCCGUGUACCGAGCCUACAUACACUAAGCCCUCAGCCCUGCCACCCCAAUCCUCCGACCCUGCUUCCUCACAUGGGCUUGGGGUCCUGGGACUUAGCUCUGGACCAGUCCACCUGUCUCCAUCUCCUUUUAUACAGACUGAGACUCGCCGUCAGCACAGCACACAGCGUCGCUCCCUCCCUGGUGGUCCUGGGGAGGGUGCCGGCAGGAUUGGCCCAUGGGAAAGCUCGCGAGCUCGCCGCGGCCUGGACUAGGUGGCUGUGUGUUCCCGUGCACACGCACACACCCCACAUACACUGGCUCUCGCCCCGGACAGAAGCUGCCCAGAAGCUGCUGCCUGGCUCCCCCCUUCUUCCGAGCUUGUCUGAGGUCCCUUCCAGGCGAGGAGCUAGUCAGCAGUGAGGACCGGAGACCUUCCCACUGCUUCCUUCAAAGCAAAGAGGCUGCGGUCAUGCCCACGUCCCCCUCCCAUUGGAUUCCCCCCACCCCCUAGAAGGAGGCUGUGGGCCAGGAGGAGCCAGCUCGGACUAUUAAACAGAGGAGCCCUUGGGCCCUCCCACCUCAGGUGACCCGCUGAGGAGGAGCGUGUGUUUAAGGGACCGGUGUGCACCCAACUCGUACAUGCCUUUGUGAACUGCGAAGAGGUUGGCAGAGGCCAGCGCAGGCAGGGAGAGCAGCAGAAGGCAGCUGUGGUGAGCCUGAGCUGUAGGGGAACCCUGGAGCCCUGGGCCAGACCCACUUCCUGGCUUCCAAGCUGGGGAGCUGGCUCCUCCCCAGGCCACUUUACAUCUAGACUUGCAUUCCAAGCCUUGGGAAGGGCCCUGAGGGCCCCUGAGGCUGGAAGAGGGUGGAGGCUGGGCUCCUCCUGUUUCCGUUAAGCACCAGACUCCACCUGGUCUGCGGAGCCUCUACCCAGGUCCCUCACAGUAGCCCCUUCUCGGGCCCUGCAUGCCACUGCCCCACGCACUCCACCCGCCGAUGGAGACGGGAUUCAUUUCUGUGUGUCCGUCUCCCUCCUUGGCCCGCACCCAGCCUGAUCAGCUCGACCUUAGGGCAGGCUCUGCUCUGAAAGCGGGAACCGCGCCUGCAGCGGGGGGCCACAGCAUGGCCUGCGAGCUUCAGGGCCCUGGGGUCUGCCCCUGACUGACCUUCGGUGGGUGUAAGAUCUCCGGAGGCCCACUUCUCCUUGUGUAGGGGGCCAGGCGGGUUUGGAAUGUGGCCUGAGAACGAGGAGACGUCCCUAACAAGUUAUCCCUCGACGUGGAGUGCAUUUUCCAAAGUCUCACUUUGCAGGAGUCAGCACUUAGUGUGAAGAUGGGCUGGUGUGAGCGCAAGAGCCCACGCCGGGGGUCUCAGAAGACAUGGAGGGCGGGGGGCGAGGGUGGCUGUAGGGUUUGGGCACAGUUAAUUUCACUGGGAUUUUGAGUUGUUUUCUGUCUGAACACAGAGCCUGUUUAGUCCCGGCCGGACAUUGGGGGUGGGGGUAGGGAUGAUGCUGUAAUGAAACUGGUUAGUCAGUGUUGUCUUAAUAUUGUUGACAAACUCUGUAAAGUUCCUUUUUAUGAAUAUUUCUGUUUAAGCUAUUUCACCUCUUUUGAAAUCCUUCCCUUUUAAGGAGAAAAAUGUGACUUGUGAAAAAGCUUGUAAGAAAGCCCCUCCCCUGCCACCCGUUUUUCCUUUAAAUGACAAAUCUAGUAAUUAAGGUUGUGAAUUUUUAUUUUUGCUUUGUUUUUAAUGAACAUGUCUUUCAGAAUAGGAUUGUGUGAUGUUUAAAUGGCAAAAACAAAACAUGAUUUUGUGCAAUUAACAGAGCUACUGCAAGCAAAAUAAAACGUUUCUUGGUAACA